GAACUCAGAUCAACUCCUCUACUGAAGCUGAACCCCAGCUUUCACUAAGAACAGAAAACAGAGAGACUGUGACCGGAGCAGCAGCUUGACAAGAGAUCAACUUGAUCAGAAGAGGUUUACAGGCUCAAACUCUGAGACGAAAGGAAGACUUUCUCCAGGAAGGCUUAGGAAGAACCUCAACUUAUAACUAAUAACUACAAACAAUGUCUGCUGGAAUGAAGAAGAUGAUCCUUCUCUCUGCGCUGUGCAUUUGUUUCUCAUACCUGGCUGCAGGUCAGGAGUGCAGUGGCCAGUGUUCCUGCCCCUCCACCCCGCCACAGUGUCCCCCAGGAGACAGCCUAGUGCUAGAUGGAUGCGGCUGCUGCAGAGUCUGUGCCAAACAGAUGGGCGAGCUCUGCACUGAGAAAGACGUUUGUGACCCCCACAAGGGUCUCUACUGUGACUAUGGAGCCCCCACUAAUAGACGCAUCGGAGUGUGCACAGCUCGAGAAGGAGCCACGUGUGUGUUUGGUGGCAUGGUGUACAAAAACGGAGAAUCAUUCCAGAGCAGCUGUAAGUACCAGUGCACCUGUCUGGACGGAGCGGUGGGCUGUGUCCCGCUCUGCUCUAUGGACAUCCGUCUUCCCAGCCCAGACUGCCCCAAUCCAAAACGCGUCAAAGUGCCUGGGAAGUGCUGCGAAGAGUGGAUUUGUGAAUCUCCUAAAAAGAACACCUUUGUUGGCUCUGCUUUAGCUGCUUACAGAGAGGAGGAGACCUAUGGUCCAGAUCCUAAUAUGAUGAGGGAGAACUGCCUCGUUCAGACUACUGAAUGGAGUGCCUGCUCUAAGACCUGCGGACUUGGCAUAUCUACCAGAGUCACCAAUGACAAUCACGAAUGCAGGCUUGAGAAACAGACUCGGCUCUGCAUGGUGAGGCCAUGCGAGUCCCAGCUGGAGCAGAGCAUUAAGAAAGGAAAAAAGUGCAUCCGCACUCCCAGAGUCUCCAAGCCCAUGAAAUUUGAGAUCUCAGGCUGCACCACCACUAAGUCCUACAGGCCAAAGUUCUGUGGAGUCUGCCUGGACGGCCGCUGCUGCACCCCACAUAGGACCACCACCCUGCCCAUGGAGUUCAAGUGCCCCGACGGGCAGGUGAUGAAGAAACACAUGAUGUUCAUCAAGUCCUGCGCCUGCCACUACAACUGCCCUGGGGAGAACGACAUCUUCGAAGCAAUGUAUUACAAGAAGAUGAUCGGAGACAUGGCAUAAGCCACUGAUGGACAAUCCGAGCUUAUGACUUGAAAACAAACAGAACUCCAUCUCGAUUUGCAGCUCAGUAUAUAUGCCUUUUGAAAAUGUAAUUUUCCCAUUGAAAAAGUAGCCCGACAGACUCUGAAUGGCUCAAGUACAUCAGUCAGACAGACUCAGACAAAGGGCUGCGUUGCAGCUCCAAAAGAUUUAUGCACUAUAUCUUUUUAUUUUUUUAAAUGACAAACCUACUGUGUGCUUUCCACCCAAUCUAGAUUAUUUUUCUUGUUAUGAAUCCAUCCAUUUUUUCCUUAUGCAUAUUUAUAGCAUAUUUAAACGCUGACCUCUCUAAAUGAAGUGUCUAAUUAGCCCUGCCUCUCCUUGAGUCCAAAGAGCAGACCUGUAAACUCUUAGCAGCUGUAGAGGGAGCAUGCCGACCACAGCAAGCCAGUGUUCCACUGUCCAAACAGGUCUGAAUGUGUCCUUGUGUGAGUGUGUGUUAGUGCAGGGCUGAAUGUCAGCCUUGUCGAUGUGUGUGUGUGUGUGUGUGUGUGUUGUUACAGAGUGGAGGAAAGGUCAAAGCUCCUGUCCUAUAAGUGGAUGGGAAACAAAGACGCACGCUAAGCUUAGGGUUAGACAUGGAACGCGGUUGCAAUGGCACUGAGAAAAAAAAGUAAA